AAAGAAGGCAAAGAAAAAGGUAAGGAUGUGGAUGAAAGACCUGCUUACAUGGAUGACUUUGAUGAUGAUUUUGGUCAGUACAUGAAGGGUGAGCAUGAUGUAGAUCUUUUCCCUGAAGAAGAAGUUUUUACUCCAGUAGAUCCUAGCAAAAUGGAGGUAAAAACUAGAUUUGCAAAUAAGGAAGCAUUUAAGAAACAUCUCAGGGGUUAUUGUGUUCUUAAUAAGUGUCAAUAUAUUUUGGAUAGAAGUGCUCCCUCUAGAAUUAAGGCUGAGUGUAGGUUUAAAACAGAACAUGAUUGUCCUUGGUUUGUGUAUGCUAGCAAGAAAGAGGGUGAGAAGACUUUUGUUCUUAGGAAAGUGAAUUUGGAACAUAAGUGUGAAGGGGAUCCCCAAAAUAGGAAUAGAUCUGCUGAUCCUCAUUUUGUAAAGGAUUUUGUUCUUGAUCAGAUGAAGAAUAAGCCUAAAAAAGUUGUUCCAGACCCUUAUAAAAUCAAGGAAGACUUCUUAGCUGAAAAGAGAGUAAAUAUACCAUAUACAUGUGCAUGGAAGGCUAGGAAUCUAGUUUUACAGUCAUUAUAUGGGAACUAUAAAGAAAGUUACAAUGAAGUACCAGCAUUCUGCAAGAUGUUUACUAAAUGCAAUGAUGGGUCUGUUGCUAAGUUCACUUUUGACACAGUGAAUAACACCUUUGAAAGCAUGACACUCUCAUUUGAACCUGCAAUGAGGGAAUGGGUUAGUAAUGUUAGGAAUUAUGGUAUGCAGAGCUGA